AUGAGUUCCGGCGUCCCAAUACCCUCGGGAUAUUCUCUUCCCUUUGCUGUAGUGACUGACAACGACCAUACUGCAUGGAUCAUUAUUGCUGCUGCAAUCGGUCUGUCCUGGAUUUUGCUCUUCGCCGGUAUCAGAAUAUUCAUUCGGCGUACGAUUAGCCCUGGUUUUGGCUUCGAUGAUGGAUUUAUCGCUGCUGCAACGACGGUGGGUAUCAUUGAGUUAUCGAUCAUCCUGGCUGCGUGUUCUAAGGGACUGGGAAAAUCGAUAGACAUCGUGCCGUUGGAAAACCGACCGACUGUGCAAGAGAUGUACUACACUAGCAAUCUGCUCUUCAUCAUAAGUCUCGGCUUGUCGAAGCUGUCAGUCGUCUUCUUUUUACUGCGAUUAACCCACGUCAAAUGGCACAGGAUAGUCUUCAUCUCUGCUACGGGACUCCUUACUGCGUGGACUAUUGGGUCUCUUUUCGCCAUUGCGUUACAGUGCAAUCUGACGAAACCAUGGAUCAUGGCUGGUGAACGGUGCACCGGAGCGUACUUACGAUGGCAAAUAAUAUGCGCUCUCGACAUCAUCUCUGAGGUCGGCCUGGUAGCGAUGUCUAUAUGCCUUGUGUGGGACCUGUAUACUUCCGUGACGAAUAAGAUUGUUGUGGUAGGGGCAUUUGUGUUCCGACUUGGAAUGAUCGUCGCAGUUGUCUUCCGCCUCGCUAACUUUGACAAACCCGGACGAAUCACAGACCCUACCCUCGCCGAAGACUUAUUCAUCGUAUGGACGCAAACCGAGCUGAUUUACUCCCUUGUUUCUGCCACGAUACCCACCCUCCGUCCCUUCAUGAACAAUCUGAACACUCGCUUUGGUGGCCUGGACCAGGAAGGAAGGGGGAACGGCUAUGACUAUGAAAACGCUUCCGACAGCUAUCAAAUGUCGAAUUUGAAGCCAAUGAACAGAAGCCAAGACAGGGAAGAAUACAUUGCAACCAACUCGGCACGAAAUUUGUCUGAACAAUCUAGCGCAGACAGUUAUGGUGUGGUAUGCGGGUGCCCAAUCCAGGUGCAGACGAGAACAAGAGAAGAAACCGGCAAUGGUGAUGCAACCAGUGCCGAUAGCAACGACAAUGGACGGAUGAUUAUCCAGAAGGACAUGACAUUCCAGGUGGAACAUUACGACAACUGCUGA